AGCCGCAGUUUUAAGUUGAGCAACGAGAAGAUCUCUCAUGGAAUCCACAAAUGGGAUCUUAAAAUUCUUGCUUUCCGAAACUCAUAAAGUGGCCAUUUGCUCACUGCUCGACAUACCGAAUACCUGUGAGGUCAAUCUGUCACAAAAGCAAAUUUGCUAAGAUA